CAAAGGUUGACAUUAAUCAUUUCUAUCUCUCCCGUAGCAAUAGUUUUGUCUCCCUUUUCUCUCUCUCUUUCUUAAUCCACCUCUGAUACUCUAAUAAUCUUAAUUAUCAAAAAAAUUCAAAACAAAUCUCAAUAUUCUUCUUAAUUAGCUAGCUUUCUCAUGAUCAGAUCCUUAAUUAAUUAUUAUUAAUUAAGUGUAAACAAAAAUGAAUAUAUCUGUAAACGGGCAAUCUAGGGUACCUCCUGGUUUCCGAUUUCAUCCAACGGAAGAAGAGCUUUUGCAAUACUAUCUUCAAAAGAAGGUUGCUAAUGAGAAGAUUGAUUUGGAUGUCAUUCUUGAAGUUGAUCUAAACAAGCUUGAACCUUGGGAUAUUCAAGAAAGAUGCAAGAUAGGAAGCACACCACAGAAUGAUUGGUACUUCUUUAGUCACAAAGAUAAGAAGUACCCAACAGGGACAAGAACAAACCGGGCCACGGCAGCCGGGUUUUGGAAGGCCACCGGGCGGGAUAAGGUUAUCUAUAGCAACUCGAAGAGGAUUGGGAUGAGGAAGACACUAGUUUUCUACAAAGGAAGAGCUCCUCAUGGUCAGAAAUCUGAUUGGAUUAUGCAUGAAUAUCGACUUGAUGAAAUCACCAACAUCAACAACAAUAAUAAUAUAAAUGACACUCAUCAUUGCAUGAAGGUUACAAGUGUGAGAUCAAGUGGAGGAGAUUUAGUACAAGAAGAAGGAUGGGUGGUUUGUAGAGUUUUCAAGAAGAAAAACCACCUCAAAACCCUAGAAAUUAAUCCCAUUAAUAAGACAUCUUCCAUUUCAUUAGAGUCUCACUCAUCAUCAAUAAGCAUGCUUGAUUCACCUUGUGAUCAUCUUCAUCAUCUCGGUCACGAUCGCGAUCGCGAUCACGAUCACGAUCACGACGAUCAAGGGGCAUUAGAGCAAAUAUUUCAAAUUAUGGGGGCCAAAUCUCAAAACAACAACAACAACAACAUUACAACAAAAUCAUCCUCCCAAAACCAAUUUGAAAGGUACAUGAAACUCCCAAACCUUGAAAGCCCAAACAAUAAUAAUAGUAGCACCCUACUAGUAGCUAGCUACUACCAGACGGAAAACGACCUCGUUUCGAUGGCCAAAACCGAGACGACGGAUCCCAACAACCACGACACGGUGUUCAACACGGAGGCCGCCGGACUAAUGAGUGAUUGGGCCACCCUAGACAGGCUUGUUGCAACACACUUAAAUAGUACUCAAACUACCACUACAGAUACAAUAAUGCAUUAUCAUGAGCAUGAUCAUGAUCCAUUACCACCGUUGAGAUCAUCAUCAUCAACAUCAUCAUCAGGCGAUCACAAGAUAUACCACACCACACUGGAUAAUGAGAAUGAGAUGAUUGAUCAUCUGUGGAGUUUCGCUACUACAGCAAGAACAACAUCACCAUCAAUUUCGUUGGGGAUUGACCCAUUAUGCCACGUGUCGGACAAUGGUAUAUAACAGAAAUAAAAACGAGUGAUUAUAAAACAUUGUUAAUGAUCAACGGCGGUCUCCAAGGAAUGAAUAAGCUAAGUAAUAAUAGUAUUAUUGUUAAAUAUGAUUGCGUUAGUUGUUAAAGUCAUAAAAGGUUAUCAUAAAAGUAAUUAUUAUGGGGUUUUACUUACACUUUUUCAAUAUACACACACCAAUAAUAAAGUGACGUCGUUUUAGUUCGUUGUAUAAAUCAUUUGUAAGAUAAGGUGAGGAUGAUCAAUUGAUCAUAUACGGAGUACUAUAUAUGAAGAGAACAAAGUAUAUUAUUUGAAUUCAUACAUUCAUA